ACAACAACCCUGCUACAUGGGCAGGUGGCAUGGGUAAUAGCUGGAGGACAACUGGUGACAUCGCCGACAACUGGAACAGCAUGACAUCCCGUGCGGACCAGAAUGAUGAAUGGGCCUCCUACGCCGAACCUGGUGGAUGGGACGGUAGGAGUUUCAGACAACUCUGUGCCAGUAUUGGAGAUUGACAAGCCAUUUGUUAGAUUCGAACUGAUGUUGUGCUCCAAUCUCAGAUCCUGACAUGCUUGAAGUUGGGAACGGUGGGAUGACUGAAGCUGAGUACCGCUCGCACUUCAGCAUCUGGGCACUUGCCAAGGCUCCUCUUCUGAUUGGGUGGGAUGUGCGCUCGAUGAGCCAGACGACAAAGGGCAUAAUCAGCAACUCGGGGGUCAUCGCUGUCAACCAAGACAGCCUAGGUGUCCAAGGAAAGAAGGUGCAAUCUAAUAAUGGUUUGAAGGUAUGGGCCGGUCCGCUCACCGGCAACAGAAAAGCCGUGGUUCUGUGGAACAGGCAGGGGUACCAGGCAACCAUCACUGCAUAUUGGUCAAGUGUUGGGCUCCCUGCAUCUGCCGCCGUCACUGUCUGUGAUCUAUGGGUGCACUCGUCAUCCUCCGCUCAGGGGCAAAUAUCCGCCUCGGUGGCGCCUCAUGACUGCAAGAUGUAUAGCCUAUUCUUGUCCAAUUUUGAAGAGAUAUAA